AAGAACUACUACUACUAAUAGAAACUAAAGUAAAAAGACACAUUUAUUUAUUCAUGAUAUAUAUUAUUUAAGAACAGUAAUUACUACAUAAUUACUGCGUCUGGCCAAUCAGCAAUGUUCCGCUCCUCUUCGCUGACCAAUCAGAGAGCAGACGCACUGACGGCUCGAGUCAUUGGCGCUUUACCUACAGCUCACUGUCCAGAGCCGGGACAGAACCGGCGGCGUGUGUUCACCUUAACUCGACUUUUCAAACUUACCGGAUGGAGCGGGGUCGGGGAGCACCUACCUCGCGACAAAGCGGCGGUUGAAAUCUCAGAGGUGUUACCGGCGACUCUACGGAGCGGUCCCGUCAUGGCCCACAGCGGCUCCGGGUCGUUGCUGUACCGGCGGAACGCGCGGCUGGACUCGUUCCUGCAGCGGAAGCUGGAGCGGAGGGUGUACGAACGGAUCCGGGCUUACGAGCCGUGCGUGGUGCUGUCUGAGUCCAUCAACAAGGUGUACAUGCACGUGGUGCUCAGCGACGAGUGCGUGUACCUCACCGAGUACCCGCCGCGCUCUCUCACGGCGGCCGUAAGCUUCAGGCGCGUGCGUUACAUCGAGCUGGUGAACGACCUCCCAGAUUUCCUCAGUGGGAAGCAUCAGAAACGCUGCCAGCACAUACGGAUCGUCUACGUCACCGAAAAACCUGCAGCGAAGCAACGCAAUUGGUUAAAGAGAGACAAGAAAGAGGGGCUUCCUCCUGCAGCCCCGCCCUCUCGCAGAAACAGCCACUGUCCUGAAAUAACAAGCACAUUACAAGAAUUUUCCACAGAGAGCAGCCAAUGGAGGAAGGAGGAGCUCCCCCCAGUGUUAAAGCACACCCGCUCAGCCUCGUGCCCGAACCCAGAGACUCUCGGCCUCAUAAGAGUCCCGCAGCCUCCCCCCUUUCACUCCCCCUCAGUCUCACCUGCCUCAUCGCCAUCGCUCUCAGAGAAAAGCCUGAAGAGCCUCGAGAGUGGUCAGUUACAAUGGAGGAUCGGUUCGGUCCUGUCGCGCCUGCUGAGACGAGGCUGCGUGGACAGUGAGGAGGAGCGGGAGGCGGAGCUCCACCUGUAUGCCGUCUCAGAGACGUCCAGACUUUACCUCCACCUGCAGAGCUUGUGGAACAGCUUCAGUAUUAGGUCCACCCUUUUGUUAGAUCCGCUCUACAGAAGGAGGAACUGCGCUUCAUUGUCUGCUCCUGCCAUCAGCUGGGAGCGGACGGCUCACCUGUUUGGCCAGCUGAGCUCCGAGCUCCUGCAGGACGGGAUCAGCGUGGAGAGUAUGUACCUGCUGCUGCAGGAGCUGAGGACCGCCGCGCACCGCAGCGUUACGCUGCGCCGGCUCUUCUGGAGGUCCAGUGAGGUGUGUACUUUCCUGCUCUGCACUCUGGAGGGAUGUCUUCACAGCCGCCAGAGCCUCGGUGGACUCUACACAGCAGAUCAGCUCCUACUGAGCUCUCUGAUCGUUGACACGCUCGCCAUCAUGUUCAGAGAGACGGAGGUCGAAGCUGCCAGACUCAGCCUGCUCUCUGCCAAAAAAGGUGCUCUGGCCUCCCGAAUGCUGCUUGCCUUAAUAUGUGACCCUCAGCCACAAACUCACAGCGGAGGAUCUCUGAUGGACUCAGAGCUUCAGGCCUUACUCGCUGAGUAUCUGGACACCGCCGCCUCUCUGCUCUUCGAACUGCUGCUCGUAGGCCACGUGACCAGCAGGUGUGUCUCUGCUGACAACUUCCUGUCUGUCGGUUGGAUCCUCAGAGUCCUGCAGCCUCAUCCCCACCUGGUAAAGGUCUCAUCAGAUUUAACUGUUUCUGUCAGAAUGAUAAGAAUAACUCAAACGCUGACCCUCUCCGCCCCCGCAGCUCUCCUUCAUUGGUUACCAGGUCCAGCAGGUGGUGCUGAUUCUGACAGGCUUGCAAGGCUCAGUCCCGAGUCCUGUUCAGUCCGUCCUGCUGUUCCAGCGCCUCCACCUUCUGUUGGCCUGUCUGCAGUACAACAGCCAGCUGGCUCAGCAUCUGCGCUCGCAUUUCAGAGAGGAGUUCAGGUAUGCUCAGGACAGCCACGACAGUCACUAAGUAUAAACGGGCUCACGUUAACUUCUUAUUAUAAAGAAGAAAUGUGUAAAUGCUCCAAAAUCUGACUGCUCAGAUCUGUUUCCGUCCUGCAGAUACUCUGUGAUGCCGUCAGGCUCUGAAGUGAAGCUGCCACCUCACUAUCCUAUAAGCCGACCCACUCUGAGACUUGUCGAGCACAUUCGAACUCUUAUGCUGCUCAGGUGACAGAACACCAGCGUGCUCCUAACCUUCACUUUACACAGGCAUCCUCAGUGAAGGAAGCAGGAUUUGGAGUCCUCGGGAUGAUCUGCUGAAAGUUUCUGGAUUAUUAUUUAUCACAGACAUCUUACUGUUACUGCAGACAGAGAGAUGGAGAUAUAUGCUUGGCCUGUAAAGACUGUUCAAAUGAUGUGCACUCCUAAUAACCUGAGCUGUUUUAAAUGCAACUUGUAUUUAGUUCUUUACUUGGCUCUCCUAAGCACAUAGUGAAGGAACCACUGUGAGGGACUCCAUGGUUUGAAGCUGUCUGCCCAUCGCCAUUUUGAUUUCCUGAAGCCAGAAGUUAACUUCUUGGACCGUCUGUUUAACUUUUUAUUUCGUUCUUUUUAUUUUUAACACAGAAAGACAACAUUCGCUGAUAUAGGACCGUUCAGUUUAAAAUAAUACAAACAAAGCUCCCCUCAAUUCAACUUCUUUAUAUAAUUUUGGUUCUUUUGGCUAAAAUAGAUGUUAAAAUGUUUUAGUCCAUACAUAUUAGUCUUACUGGGCAAUAGCUAGUACAAUGCAUAGGAUCUUUUUCUUCCCUAUGCAUGACUGUAAUAAUUGCAUCCAACCAUAAAUUUGGCUGCUCUCCUGAGUUUAGUGUAGAGUUAUAUACUUUGCAUAAUUUGGGGGUUUAUUUAUUGUUUUUAAAUUUAGCAUCGACUCUUUUAUUUCAGCUUCUGUGAUCGGUACUACUAAUUUAGUUGCUUCCAUCUUUGACAGUUUAGCCAAUUUAAGGGAUUUAAGGAACUCUAAUUUUUUUGUUUCUGAGGUUUUUGUGCUUCCUCCUGUACAACUGUCUGUAAUAUUUUACAAAAGUAUUGAAUAUUUCUUUAGUUUGAGUUUCAAUUCUGGAUUUCUGAUCUUAGGAACUGUGCUUUUCUGAGCUGAAAGGCCAAUAACAGUUUUUAUUAAUAUAUCUGAGACCCUCUUCUGCCUUGUAUGGUAGGGGCAGAAGAGGCACUUGAGCCACGCAGUUCGUCUUGUAAUCAGAAGGUUGCCGGUUCGAGCCCCGGCUCUGACAGUCUCGGUCGUUGUGUCCUUGGGCAAGACACUUCACCCGUUGCCUACUGGUGGUGGUCAGAGGGCCCGGUGGU